AAGUGACAGAGCAAGGAUCGACUGACGGAUGAGUUAAGAGAAAGAAAGCCAGUUCGCAGAGAGAAGGGAGGGACCGAGGAGUUAAGAUCAGCGAUACCAUUUUCCCAGGAAGCUGGUGGAAGGAUGUGUGAUCCAGCAACCGCAGUCGAGUCCGCCCCAACUUUUGUUUCUGCUGUCCCUAUGGUGGUAGCUGAAGAAAUGCAAGAUGGUACUAAAACCCAAUCGGCAAAUAAGAAUGGGAAGAAGUCAGACUCUGGGUCCGGCGGCAGCUUCUUCACCUGGUUCAUUGUGCUCGCCCUGUUGGGUGUCUGGACCUCUGUAGCCGUGGUCUACUUUGACCUGGUGGACUACCAGGGAGUUCUUGACAAAGCUAAGGGCUUACAAAUUAACCUGUCUGAAGCCUUGCAAGGAAAACUGCAGUCAUACGAUACAGAUGGCGAUGGUGAUUUUGAUGUCGAGGACGCAAAAGUUCUGCUAGGACUCAAAGAGAAGGCUGUGGUUGUCACGACCCGUCGUGAAGAAGCUGCUGCUCCAUUUGUGACUCCAGAAGCUGAACCGACACCCGAAGCUGUGUUUGAGCCUGAGCCUGAGCCUGUGGAAGAUGUGAUUGAAGCUGCUGUAGCAGAGGACACUUCUGCACCAGCACCAGAGCUUGAGAUCGAUCCUGAGCCGGAGGUAGAAUCUGAGGCUGAGGUAGAUCCUGAGCCUGUGGAGACCCCUGAGGUGUUUGAGGAGGAUCCGGAGGUGCUGGAGGCGGAGCAGGCUGUUGAGGAGGUUGAAGAAACAAUCGAAGAGCAGCCUGUGGAGACGGAGGCAGCAUUCAAGGAGGAGACUGCAACAGGGCCGGCCGUGGAGGAGGAGGAGGCUGCUGUGGAGGAGGUGAGGCUGUAUAUGAGGCUGUAG